UGUGCUUAAAACCGAUUUGCCUGGGCCUUCUCCAACUUGCCAAGGACAAAGCAAGCAGCAGCUUUAUCUCUGUAACUUAUUUUGUAAAAGCUACGCCAAAGCUAUCAGUGUCGAUUCAGUUAUAAACAGGCUACCUCCAGCUUUCAUACUCUGCAGCACGACCUUCGAUCCUUGAUUAGUUUAUCAUCCCCAUCCUCGAGUGCGAUCAUCAUCACCCAACAUGCUCACCUAUCGUGGCUUCUCCGCAUGUAUAAUCUCCGAGGGCAACCUAAUCUCCGAGUAUCUCGUCGCUGUCGACGAGACGGAGAACAAAAUCUCGUGUUGGAUCCCAAGUGAGGCGGGAAAGACUUUUUCAGUGCACUGGAGAGACGAGGGCACACGAGUGCGUUCAUGCGCGUUCAUCACACUGGAUGGAUUCGUAGUUCCCGGUCGGUUCUUGUGGGGCGGGGGCGAGACCUUCAGGAAUGGCGUAAGGACAGGUCCGCAAACAGAAAGACCGUUCGUGUUUGCACAGAGCCCAAGCUCAGGUGCAAGUGGGCAAAGCACGCAGGAUGCUGGAUGCAUCACGCUCAAGGUUAAACAAGUCGAGCUGGAGGGGUCGAAGCCAGCAAAUCCACUACAGAAAAUUCCAGAUUGGAACGCGCAAAGUCACGUUGGCGAUCAUUGUGUUGGGUACGGCGAGGAGAUGAAGACAUACGAACAAUCACCCACGACGUGGAAGGUGAAGCCAUCCGACAAGCACGGUAAUAAAACACACGUUACCUUUGUGUUCCGGUACAGGUCUCCCGAGUGGUUAAUAGCGCAAGGAAUCCUAUCCGCUGAAGUGCAUGGGCGAGCAAGUCGUCCUGAGAAGCGACGGGUCGCCAGCGCACCCGUUGCGCAAUUGGUGAACGCACCAAUAACCCCAAGCCCAAGUCCUCCCAACCCAAAUAGCGCAGAACUAAAUGCCUUAUCUCCGGGGCAAGGUCAAGUGCGGCCUGCACGCAGUGUCAGGACCGUAAGCGUCAAGGGUCGCGGGAGGCACGACAAAUAUCCAGGGGAAGGAUUAAUGGAUUUUCAAGUUGGUCCUCCACCAGACCCAAGGAGGUUUAUGCAAGGCCCUGACAGUACGUCUUAACAGUCGAACAGCACGCGAGUAGAUUCAAUGGAGCGGACCGAUGAGGGCAAGAUAAAAAAU